AGGAUGGUAGAGGUGGACAUGAUGCAGCUGAAAUGUUAGAGAGACUCUACCUGCAGGAACAACAACAUCAUGGAAGUUCUAGGAAUCAGCUGAUGACAUUACUCAACGAGCUAGAGCUUCUCAAAGCUCCACGGACAGAGCAGGGAAAGAUGCUGACCAAGUCCAGACAUCAGACACAGGAAGCCCACAUAGCUGCAGCCAUCACCUGGUGUAGGGGUCAGGGCAAACAGUGCACGAAAAUCCAGACUGGCAGAGAUCCUCAUGAAACAGUGAGAGCUGUGCAUCAGCAGACACCAAGCUUGGCGGUCGAUCAGAAGAAAGCUCAUCUGGAAGAAAAGAACUGUGGAGUGUCUGUGGUUCAGGAAUCGAGGACCUUCAGAGACGCUCAGGUUCAGGCUGAGGAAACACAGAAGAACGAAUUUCGGGAUGUGGCUGUGCUCACUGAUUCGCUGGUAGAUGUUGGAGAGACAGAAGGUCUUCUGAAGGCCCUGAGAAGAGUUGAGGACAUGGUGACCCAGGCCUCUCAGGUGCUUAUGGACGGUGAGAAAAAAAUAAAGGAGAGGAUCGAGUCCAUCGCCCAGAGGAUGGAGAAGGCUCUCAACAGAGCGACAGCCACUGAACACCAACUCAAUGCCCUGAAGGCCACAGUCUCCAUUAACACAGAGUUGUCGUCUGCAUCUCAGCUCUUUGAUGGGAGAUCAGUGGCUGUCGACCUCACCCAAGUGGACAUUUCUUCUCUUUUAACACAACAACCUGUUGCUCAAGAAAACCUCCCUUCCCUUCCUCCGUCAGUUAAAGGUGGCUCUCUUCUGUACACGAGAGCAGAGGACCACAGCAACAAGGUCAGUGAAAACCCGGAUGAGUCUUCCUCAGGUCAGGAUCUUUGGCUCAGUCGCGUCAGAAGCUCUGAGCUCGUGACCGCAGAUCUUUCACCUCAGACCUCUGCUUUGUCUUCUGGGUCUUACAUCGAACACUCGCCCCAUCACACGCAGGAGAAUGUAGCUGGAUGUUUUUAA